AUGACACAGGAGUCGGUGGUCGAAGCGGAAGCCCGGCUCGAGGCCGGACUCGCCGUUUCCGACAAGGUAAUGAACUUCUCUCUCGGAAAGGCGACAGCUGUACCGUCGUCAAAACACGUCCAUACGGCUGCGGUCUCCGCACAGACUGUCGUCGACGACGACGACGAGGACGCCGACGACGUCACUGCUACGUCCACGUCUGAAAAGGGACCAAAGAAGCCUCAUAAAAGACGAGGAAAACGAGGUGGACGGCGAAAAGGUGCCAGUGAGAACGGCGGAGGCGACAGCACUGUUGCUUCGUCGCCAGUACCACAGCCGCUUCCGAAGGCGACUUGUAGCACAGAACUCUGUGGCAUCUCGCGGCUCUUUCCUGAGGGCGUCUACCCGGCUGGCGAGGUUCAGGACUAUGUCGGAGACCAAGCUUAUCGUACAACUCAAGCCGAAGUACGUGAACGGGAACGACUCUCGUUCGAUAUGAUUGGAAAAGCGCGAAAAGCAGCUGAGGUCCACCGGCGCGUGCGCACGUACAUCCGGCCUCGAAUUCAGCCCGGGAUACGACUGGUUGAUCUUUGUGAAGAGCUGGAAAACGCUACCCGGACACUCGUUGAGGAAGAUGGCUUGGAAGCGGGUAUAGCGUUUCCAACAGGUUGCUCGUUGAACCACGUGGCAGCGCAUUACACCCCGAACCGGGGCGACGACACCCGACUCCAGCACACAGACGUGAUGAAACUGGACUUUGGCGUGCAUGUGGACGGAAUCAUUAUGGACUGUGCCUUUACCAUUGCGUUUGACGAGCGCUACGAAAAGCUACUAGAAGCUGUGCGUGAAGCGACCAAUGCGGGUAUUCGAGCAGCAGGGAUCGAUGUGCGACUCAGCGAGAUGGGUUCCAUCAUUCAAGAGGUCAUGGAGAGCCACGAGAUCGAGCUGGACGGCAAAGUGAUGCCCAUCCGCUCGAUCCGUAACCUAAACGGACACAGUAUUGACCGGUACCGCAUCCACGCGGGUAAGACGGUGCCCAUUGUGAAGAGCAGUGUGCCGGGGAAAAUGGAGGAAGGCGAAUUGUAUGCCAUUGAGACGUUUGGUUCUACUGGGCGCGCAUACGUCACCGAGAGCGGAGAAUGCUCCCAUUACAUGAAAGUAUUCGAUGCGUCGCACGUGCCGCUGAGGAUGCCGCGUGCACGCCAGUUAUUGAGUACGAUCAACCGCCAUUUUGGAACGCUGGCUUUCUGUCGUCGCUAUCUGGAUCGACUCGGUGAGGAGCGAUACCUCAUGGCACUGAAGCACUUGUGUGAUGUGGGUAUCGUGCAGCCGUAUCCGCCAUUGUGCGAUGUGCCGGGUUCUUUGACAGCACAGUUCGAGCACACGAUUCUGCUGCGGCCGACUGGUAAGGAAGUGCUAACUCGCGGCGACGACUUUUGA